AUGGCGAACGACGCGUUUUAUUCUAUCAGUUGCAAGGAUAUUGAUGGAGGCGUGCAUGAUUUAAACUCUUACAGGUUAGAUUGUUCUAUUUAUUUACUCUCAAAGAGGCAAAAUGUUACAAUGUCAAAGGAACCCGAAACCGAGGAUGUCAUCAAAAAGAACAUGCGCGAAAAGUACCAUGUCACGUUUGACGUGUUUAGUAAAUGCAACGUCAACGGUAGCGAUGCCCAUCCGCUGUUUACCUACCUCAAGAAGUCUUUGGUGGACAGCGAGAAGCCUGACAUCUCAUGGAACUUUGCUAAGUUCCUAAUUGAUCGUAAAGGCAAUCCCUACAAACGCUACCGACCGGAAUCUGCUCCACAGGUAAUCACUACUUCUUAA